AUGAAUCUUUUCGCCAAGGGAGUGUAUCCCAGUAUAAAGCAAAAGUAUAACCUUUGCUCUUGGCUGUAUGGGUUUGAGAUAUGUGGAAGCAUGACGAAGAUUGGCGCUUGGAAAAAUUGUCUAGUUUGUUGCAGUCUCGUAUUCAUAGCAUACCUCUCAUACUAUUUACCAUCUUCUAUAGAAGGCUGA